CUGGCCACAGUCUUCUGGGGCUUGCAGGAGAUGGCCGAGCUCGGCUUCCAGUGCCCCUGGCUGGCCGGCUACAACGAGGUCUACGGCGUCUCUUUCCUGCUGGUGCCCGCCCUGGUGCUUACCCUGCUCGGCGUCUUCCUGCACCGCGAGUGCCUGUUGGGCUGGAGGGGGCCGGCGGCCAAGGGAGCUGGGAGCUCAGCGCAGCCGCCUCCUGGUGCCCGUGCGCCGGGCUCCUGGAGGCUGGUCACCUCGCUGCGGGUCUUCUAUCACGCCUGGGUGUGGAUCAUCGUGGUGCUGCUGGACGGGGACUGCUACACCUGCGUGCAGUACUUCCUCCGGCUGCACGGCCCCAGCUCCAGCUCGAAGCCCGGGGAAGAUUCCGAGCUCGUCCGUGUCCUGCACUUCGAGUCUCGGGUCAUCGGGUUGGCCCUGCUACUGACACUGGUCUCCAUCGCAGUUGGCAUCAGCUGCUGCCACGUCUCUCGCUGCUGUGGGAGGCCUUACUACUGGUGGGAGUACCAGCAGAUGUACCUGGAGGAGGUGGAGAGACUGCUCCUGACCAACCUGAGGGACAGCGCUGGCCGCCGGGCCGAGAGCAACUUCGGGAGCGAGACCGACAUGGGCAGCGCGGAAGGCGCCUGGGAGCACAUUUCCUCGGUGGGCUUCGCCAAGAUCGAGUACCCCGACGACUUCCGCGCGGCGCUGAGGGCCGACGGGGAGAGCCCCCCGGGCGAGCGGGAGGCAGCGAAGGACCGAGCCGGAGGGGGUGAGGCGGGGCCGGGCGAGCAAGGGGCGGCCGAGCCAGCAGCCCCCACAGACGGUGUGAGCGGCCCCGCGGGACAGACUGCAGCCCCUGGCCCGGAGGAGGAGGUGGAGCAGGAGGAGGGGGGCAAACCGGGGUGGAGGAUCCGGCUGCGAGGCCACCUCCUGGAGAUCAAGAAAUCCCUGCGCAGGACAUUGGGAAGAAGCGCCCUGAAGAAACCUCACUGCCCGAAAGCCAAGUGAGCAAGGCCGGGGACCGGCGUGGAGUCGGCGCGGGCUGAUCCCAGAGCGGUCUCCCGGCCCCGGGAACCCCGAGGUCUCGGCUGAGUUGGGAACGACUGUUACUCUGAACUUUUUUACUUCUGCAUUUUUUUUUGAAUUUAUUUCUAUAAUCUGUUGCGCCGCACUUGUUAUUUCUUUAUUUUUCUGAUCUUUCCCCUCCCCACCCCAAGAGUCACAGAGAUGUACAGCACGGAAACAGA